AUGGCCUCCGAAGCCGUCUUCGUCCUCCCCGGCGACCAGAUCGACCCGUCCCUCAUCCCCUCCCACCCCAAGAAAGCUCUCCGCCUCGGGCCCGGCUUGCGCCAUGUGCCGCCAAACGACAUCCUGCCUACCCUCGCCGGCCAGCUCAUCACCGACCGCCAAAAGAACCUCAUUCGCGUCGAGAACGCUGGAGGACGGUAUCAACCCCGAGCCGGCGAACUCGUCAUUGGCACCGUCAACCGCUCCGCCGCCGAGGUCUACUAUGUGAACCUCUCCGACUACACUACACCCGCCCUCCUCCCGCAGCUCUCCUUCGAGGGCGCCACCAAGAAGACCCGCCCGGUCCUGGCUCCCGGCGCCCUCGUAUACGCGCGCGUCGCCCUCGCCAACAAGCACAUGGAUGCGGAGCUCGAGUGCGUGUCUUCCUCAACCGGCAAGUCAGAGGGCCUGGGCCCGCUUACGGGCGGCAUGCUCUUCAACAUCUCCCUCGGCAUGGCGCGCCGCCUUAUGAUGCCCAAGAGCGUCCUGGAAGGCAAGGUUGUGGUGCUUGAGGAGCUGGGCACCGCCGGCUUGCAGUUUGAGACCGCCACCGGAAGGAAUGGCAAGUUCUGGGUGGAUAGCGAGAGCGUCAAGACAGUCAUUGCUGUAGGGCGGGCGGUACAGGAAACAGAUGAAAAGAGGUUAGACGUCGAGGCACAGAAGAAGUUUGUGAGGAAAGUCAUCAAGGAACUGAGCUAG